GUAAGAGUCACAAAUAAUCAGAUUAUUUUAAAAUCAUGAAUGUGGAUGCUCUAAGGCCAUGUAUUAUUGUUUUUUCAAGAGAAAGUUAUCUCUUAUUUUAGUUCCGUUUUCCCAAUUUCCCUUAUUAGCUUAUCUAACUAUUAGAAAAAUAAUUUGGCGUCAUUCCCAAAUCCAGAAAACGGACGGAAGGAGCUAAAGAUUUUCAAAAUCGCUUUUAAAUUCAAUCAAUUCGCAGGAGGAAUUUAAUAAUAGUUUCUUCAUCUUCUAUAUGCAUUGUUCGAUCAUCAUCGCCAUUUUAAAUAAACACAUGAUCUAACAUAAACCAGCAACCAAACCAAAUCAAAACUCUUUCAAAUAUUUCUGCAAUUGCCAUAAAUAAUUUAUGAAGACAAAACACAAUCUUCAUAUAGGUACAUAUAUGUACAUUGAGGGGUAUACACAUAGAUAAUAGUUAUAGGAAACAAUAAAAAGAGAGGGAGCAUGGGGAUGGAUUAUUACAGCUUAUUGAAGGUGGAUAAGACGGCGACGGAUGAAGACCUGAAGAAGGCUUAUAGGAAGCUGGCAAUGAAAUGGCAUCCUGACAAGAACCCUACCAAUAAGCUUCAAGCCGAAGCCAUGUUCAAGCAGAUCUCCGAGGCGUAUGAGGUAUUGAGUGAUCCACAGAGAAGGCAAGUGUAUGAUCAGUAUGGUGAAGAAGGGCUAAAAGACAUGUCAGUCUCAAAUGAACAACCUGGAUACCAAAACGGGUUCAAUCCACGAAAUGCUGAGGACAUAUUCGCAGAAUUUUUUGGGAGCAGCCCAUUCGGAUUUGGAUCAGGUGGGGGUGGAGGAGGUGGAAGUGGAAGAUCAUCAAACAGGUUUACAUCCUAUGAUGGAGGAGGAAAUUCCUCUACUAAUUCUACAGGUAACGGAGAUUAUCGUUUCUUUAGAUCGACAAGUGAUGGAAACAGUAAUAGCAGUAUGACAAAGCAGAAGCCAGCCCCAGUGGAGACUAAAUUAGCCUGCAGCCUUGAGGAGCUCUAUUCUGGCUCAACUAGAAAGAUGAAGAUCUCUAGAACUGUGUUGAAUGCUAAUGGGAGAUUACAACAAGAAUCAGAGAUAUUAUCCAUUGAUUUAAAGCCAGGGUGGAAGAAAGGAACAAAGAUAACAUUUCCAGACAAAGGGAAUGAGCAAGUGAACCAGCUUCCUGCAGAUCUUGUUUUUGUGAUUGAUGAGAAGCCACAUGAAGUGUUCAAGAGAGAUGGGAACGAUCUGGUUAUUACCUUCACGAUAACGUUAGCAGAGGCAAUUGGAGGGACAACGUUAAACGUAACAACAUUGGACGGGCGGAACCUACCGAUCACUGUGAAAGAGAUGGUGAGACCGGGGUAUGAAAUGGUAGUUGAAGGAGAAGGCAUGCCCAUUGCGAAAGAUCCUGGGAGUAGGGGUGAUUUGAAGGUUAUCUUUGAAGUUAAGUUCCCGACCAAGUUGACCACCGAGCAGCGAGCUUCCCUCAAGCUCGUUUUAGGUGGAUGAAUCACACCAUGUAAAAAAUCAACCUUUCCUUUUUUUAUAUACAUGAAAUCAC